AUGGCAAGGAUUUUUAUGUUUCUCCUACUCCACACAUUGCCCUGUUUUAACUCAGAGGAGCCUGUAAUUAAUGAUCUGUACAGUGUGGUUGAGAAGGGCCCAAGCAGCUUUGUGGAAGGAGCUCUGAGCAACCAGAGCAGACUUAUGGUCAAGGAGUCGUCUUUACCCAUUAACGAGCUUUUAGAGAAGAACAGUCGAUCUGGUGAGUCCAAGUUCCCCUUGCACCCUCUGCCUUCUGCUGUGUGGCCCAAACACAGUGAUCUGGUUCCACUGCCUCGCCACCAUAACCUCCACAACAAGAGCAAAAAGGGUUUAAAGACAGAUCGCCUGGUUGAGCACAACAGUGAGAAGACUAGAGAGAGUGAAGGUCUGCUUCCCAAAAUCUCUCUGAUCGGAUCUACAGCUCAUGUCACCAAUAAUACUAUACCAAAAUCCAACCAGGACCGUGUCUCCAGCACCAGUCAGCCCCAGGUUAACGAGCAUGAGCUGCACCCCAACAGCAGAGCCAAAUCCCCACCUCCUCAGCCUGAACCUCCAGCCACUGUCCCACGCAAAGACACACCAAACCGCAGAGUUAUGGACCCCGAAGAGAACCGCCCGGGAAAGUCCAGCAUCUACCAGUCUGCAGUUGUGACCCGAAACAACAGCCGUACCUCUGUGUUGCACAACCGCCGCUCCUCCAGCCUUCUCUAUCACUUUGAUGUGCUUCGAAGAGAGUCUGACUUCACACAUGACGCCUUCUGCCUCAGCGAGUGCAGGAAGGAGAAGGACGAGCGUGAGCACUACUGCUACAGCGAGUUUGCCAUCAACGGCAUUGUCCAUGACAUAGAGGUGGUACGAAAAGGAGUGCGUCUGAUCACUCUGAUGGUGACCAGUGACGGCUUCUACAAAAUGAGUCGUCUCUACGUGACUCCGGACAGCUUCUUCUUCAAAGUCCGUCUGCUGGUCGUGGACACAUUCAAAUGCAGCAAACCCUGUCCCGAUAUCAAACUUGGGACCCGAUACAUCAUCAUGGGCCAGAUCUAUCACCGGAGGCGGCAUCUUCCCUCUGAUCUGUUGGCUCUCGUUGGAGGUAAACUGAAACCUGGAGAUGGUCUGCUACGAAGCAACAACUACAUCAAGAGGUUCAACAAACGGAGACAUCAGAAAGCUGCAGACGCCAUGCGCUCCAGGUGUAGGUGA